CCUGGUACGUGGUGGAGUGUCUUCAGGGUGAAGAAGUGAAUUAGGCAAAAUGUCUGGCUGCAGGUCCAAGUGUGCUCGCCCGGCCGCCCUUGCCGGAUGCGUAGGCACUGCCCUGGUUGGUGGAAUUGAGAAGAAACAGCACACCACGACGAUGGAGAUCGCACGAGAUGCGGAGUUCCUAGAAGUAGAAGAUGAGCCAUAUUAUAGCGAGGAAGUGGCCAUGGAUGCGAAUGGCGAUUCUGGGGUGCGCGCAGCAAGUAUGCUCGAAACACUGAGCGCGAAAAGAAAUGCGAGAGCAUCAACUAAGUAAUACCAGAAGCAGAACUAGCAGUACCACGCUGACAAUCGAAAAAAUCAAUACUUUACCUCUUCAGGAAAUAGAGAUACAAAAAAGUGGUCAUCCCGUUUGCAGUCAAGUAAUUUACCACUGUCUAUUCCGUAUCCUUAUUCAUGUUCUCCUUAACAUUGAUUUUGAUUAUAUGAUUAUCCAUCCCGAUCAGGUCCGCGAGUAGAGACUUCGAGCAGCAAAGAACCUAAAAAAGAAGCACUUGCCGCCCGAAAAGACGAUCAUAGGCAAGGACGAGGUUCGCCGAAAUAUGGCGGAUAAUUUGUCUACUAGCAUGUUGAUGUUUUCUUCAAUUGCAGAGGAACACUAGAUCAUCUACUUGUGUUCGACGAGAUUGUCUUUACCCAUACCCAUGAUAUGUAAGUAUCUAUAAGAAUUGUUUACUUAUCGACUUGUACGUAAACGCACCACAAUCUUGCAAGCGGGCCAAUUUUACCUUCUCAAAACUACGGAACCUUACUUCAUCUUCUUUAUCCCCCCUGCACUCAAGUUGUUCAGCAAUGUGUUAUUCAUAUUCUCUGUAAGAUGAUCCCCCUAAAUUCUAGACGCCGAAACAAGAAAGGUUUUGCAGGAACACGCUGAUGACGUCGCAAGAUACGGGACCACGAAAACGCUAGAGGAGCUGCUGAGUAUCGAAAGUCCAGAGCUAAACGAGUUGGCGAGAAAUAUCUUAACGAAUGUCGAUUCGAAUAAUGCGUCUCCAGACGAUCUGAUGGGCGCUUUUUAUUCCAUUAGAUUUAAUCUUCCUUGGACCGCUGAGAAUGGUCGGCCAUUUGUAUCGAAGACCGGACCCAUGAGAACGGAAUAUGUGGAGAAACUCGCAAAAACUCUCAGAACGAUCAAGAAGGCAACCUCGAGGGAAGCAUACUGGCAGAAGGUACAACAAAUCUUGCAUUUUACAGCACUGUCAGAUUUUUUUGUGUAUCAAUCUGUAGUGUAAGUGUGCCUAUCUAUGAUAUUUGGCAUAAGCAUUGACAUGUGAUGCGUGCAUGAAUACCGAGUAUAUUCUUUGGAAAAUCAUAGGCCUACAGCUUCGUUUACUCACUCACUCUCACAGGUGCGCGGUCUCAUCAAUGUUUUGGAUGCGCGGCAUGCAGGAAGUUUUGGAAAAGAGGAUAUUGCUAAGUUUGCACCACUCAAAAAAUCACCAAUGUUCACCGAUGACGCGAGAUACACCGUCAAGUAAAUUGGGCUUUUAUAAUUUUUCCUUGCCUCUACGUGAAGUUGAAGUAGUAAUGGUAGAUUCUUCUACGUUUUUCGGGCUUUCCGUUUAGUUAGAAAAACAAUUCGUCUUAGGUUAUGUUUACCCUUUGUUCUAGCUCUAGGUCUUUAUCAUUAUAUAACAUUGAUGUCAUCCGCACUCUUUUCAUCGUCUUCAUUAUCACCACCAUCGUCAGUUUUCCGGCCUUCUUUAACACAAAAGCAAAGGACAUCUUUGAGAGCGACUUGGGUAUUGAGAACCAGAGCGUCGGACACAAAUACAAGGACAUCCAUUCGAAAUUAAAAGGCGCCAAGAAGGCGCUCUUGGGUGAUGCCGCAAACACGUCUGAUCAACGAAAACCUGUUGUUGAGAUAAAAUACCUUGAUGAAAUCACAUUUGGCUUUUUCAAGCCUGAUCAGCCUCUAGAUGAGCGCAACAGCAAGACGGCUGUUAUGUCCAUCGGUUCAGAUGAAGUCGGGUUGCUAGUUGCCUUGGAUGUCCUCCAACCUUUUGAAUAUCUACUCGAACCCGAUUCGUCCCAGCCGGAGCGACCUGGUCCCGGUGUGGUGGACCCUCAACCUUAACCUUAAACAACACGUACAUAGCUCAACAAGAAAGGUCAGGCGAUGAAGAACUUCUUCUCUUAUACUACCAUGAGAAAUCAUCUUUCCCACUGUUGCAUUAAAGAUUCAUUUCAAGACCACCUUUCUGGAACCAAAAUAGAAAAUGCAAAUGCUAGGAAGUUCCUAAGGAAGGAAGAUUAUGGGAAUGAUUCUACCGUAGCCGUCAUGCGUUCCUUUUUCGUUUUGUUCCCC